AUGGAUGAUGACAUUUCGUCUGUUAUUUGUAACGAAAUUGUAGACAAAAUAGAAGAUGAACAACAACAAAAUUUAAUUUCUACUAGUGAAUGUCAACCUUCAACCUCUACAAAUUGUCAAAAUUCAAAUAAUUCUGUUUCAAAUUUAGACGUCCAGGAAACUCCAAAUCACCCUUCAAUUCAGUGGAAAAAACCAACAAAAUCAAUGUUUCUAGUCCAACAAUUAAUUCGGAAAGGAAUAUCGCCUAGAGGGGUCCUUUCAAUUUUGUAUCCAAUGUAUUCUAUUCCAACAAAUAUACCUGACAUUUGGAUUUUACAACUUUUACAAGAAUUGUGUGAAAUUAGAAGUAGAGAGAAAUUGCCGCAAUGGAAUACUUUUGAGGAUGCUGUAGAAUUAAUUAGACGUAGCAAAUCAAUAAUGAUUAUAUCCGGAGCUGGAAUUUCUGUCAGUUGUGGAAUACCCGAUUUUCGUUCAGAAAAAGGAAUUUAUGCUCGAUUAAAGGAUGAUUUUCCCGAAUUGCCUGAUCCUCACUCAAUGUUUGAUAUUGACUUUUUUCGUCGUAAUCCUCGGCCAUUUUAUGCUUUUGCAAAGGAAAUUUUCCCUGGCCAAUUCCGUCCUUCUAUUUCUCACAAAUUCAUCAAAUUUUUGGAAGAAGAAGGAAAACUUUUGAGGAAUUAUACUCAAAAUAUUGAUACUUUGGAACGCUUGGCAGGAAUAAAUAAUUUAAUUGAAUGUCAUGGUUUCUAGAAUUUUAAUUUUUUAUCAAGUCUUUUUAAAGGAUCAUUUGCACGUUCAACGUGUUUAAAUUGUAAAAAUGAAAUUGAUUCGGAAGAAAUUCGUGAAAAUGUUUUUCAAAAGAAAGUCGCCUAUUGCCAGAAAUGCAAAUUUGGUGUAAUUAAACCAAAUAUAAUAUUUUUUGGAGAAGAUUUGACUGACCAAUUUCAUAAUCAAAUGGCUAUAGAUUCAACAAAUGUUGAUUUAUUAAUAAUUAUUGGUUCUUCUUUACAAGUUCGCCCAGUUAGUCUAAUCCCCUAUAAUAUUGACAAUUCAAUACCUCAAAUUUUAAUUAAUCGAGAAUUGCUACCUAAUUAUACAGCUGAUAUAAAAUUACUUGGAGAUUGUGACAAAAUACUUUGUUUAUUGGCGAUGAGUUUAAAAGGUCAAAUUUGUGAAAAAAUGAUUCAAGAAUUAACUUCUCGUCCUCACAAUUGGAAUAAUUUAUUAUUAGAACAUUUACAAACUUCUUUAUUAAAAGAAAACCAAAUUUUAACAAAUAAUUUAAAUAUUGAACAAUUUAAAAAAUUAUUUAAUGAACAACCAAAUAAUAAAAAAAUAAAAAUGGAUAAUGAAGAAGAAGACGAAAAAAUUUGGGUUG